AUGGCCUAUUUUGCCCAUGUUGAAUCAAGAAAGAUUAGCUUAUUGGCCCAUGUCAACAUGAGUAUUUGUGGAUCGCUAUUGAUUGGAAGAUGCAUCAUAAAAUGGGUAUUUGGAGAACUAUGGCCAAUAGAGAGUCAACAUAUGUAUGACAGGAUGCUCAACUUUUUAUUAUUUAAAAUGAUAUUCAUUGGAGCAGUAAUGGAUCCAGUGUGGCGACAUAUAUUAAGGUUGUCCAUGUGGAUUGGAAUUUUAGGAUUUAUGCGAAUAUUCAGUUUACUGAGUAGAGAUCGAUUGGAUAAUCUUACAACAAUUGCCUUUGUUUCGAUACAUAAAUAUUACAAAAUUAUCAUAUUAUUAUCAACUAUUUUACUCAGUAACAUCAUUUGGUAUCUUGGAUCACUUUAUUUAUUCCCAACUUCAUUAGCAUUUCUUACAUUGGAGUUUUUGCCUGUCGUAUUAGAUACAGUACAAGUUCUUAUCAAAUAUAUCACACAUUUACUCGAUCAAUGGAUUGAAAAUGGCUUCGAAAGUAAAAGAUGGAUAAAUUAUUAUACAGAAUUGAGUGCUGAUGUAUUGAUACUGGCUUGCACCUUAUUACAAUAUCUUCAGCUUAUGUGGAUGCAUGGAAUCUCCUUUGGGCUAGUUGAUAUUGUCUUAUUUUUAAAUGUGAGAAGUGUAUUAAAGACAUUGCAUAACAAGAUCACCAUUUACAGGGAAAGAUGGAGGGCGAUGGCUUAUAUCAGACAAAGAUACGUUGACGCAUCACCUGAAGAGUUAUCGAAAUUAAAUGAUGAUUGUGCAAUAUGUCGUGAAAAGAUGAAGACUGCAACAAAGCUUGCCUGCGGACACUUGUUUCAUCUUCAAUGCUUGCAUUCAUGGAUUCAACAUCAUGUAUCUAAACCUACUUGCCCAACAUGUCGAAGACCUUUAUCUACAUGA